AUGAGUCAAGAAUCUCCUCGAGGAGGAAACAACAACAACAACAACAACUUGUAUCCAUCAUUAAACUCUAGUUCAAAACAAAUAAAUAAUAGUAAUAAUAAUGGACUAUUAGAACAACAACAAUAUGCAAUUGAUAAUAAUCAAUCACAUCAAGGAUGGUUACACAAGAAAGGGGAAAAGGGUGUUAUGCAAUUAUGGAAAAGAAGAUACUUUGUAGCAGACGUUGAUGCAAUUAAUUACUAUUCAGAUGCUUUAUUAAAAGACUUUAGAGGAACUAUAUUAUAUGAACAUCUUAGACAAAUUCAACCAACUACAAGUGCUGUAUGGACUGAUAAUAGAUAUUUUCAAUUAGAUACUAAUCGUAGUAGAGUUUAUUAUUUAUUUGCAGAUGAUCAAGAAACUGCAAAUCAAUGGAUGGAUAAUUUAAGAUUCUUAAAAGAGGCACAUAAAUAUAAGAAACAACAACAACAACGUCAACAAGAACAACAGCAACAACAACAACAAUCGACAAAUACAACAAUACCAAAAGAACGUAGUUUAUAUGAUGAAAGUGAUGAUGAUUCACAGUAUGGAUCUUCCUAUCCUGCAGGUAGUGUUGGAUCUUCUUAUCCUCCACCACACCAUCACAUGAAUAACAAUGCGACAUCACCAUAUAGAGAUUUCCUCAACUUUGCAACACCAUCAUUUAAUCAUUUCGACUCUAUUGGUACACCCAUUCAAGUACCACCACCAGUUGAAUCGUCACUUCACGUACCACCACGUCCACCUGGUCCAAUGCGUACCAUUGAUCCAUCGAUGCUUAAAUUCAUCACACCUUCAGAAGGACGUGACGUACAAAUCUACUACGAAUCUAUUACCCACUUUGCCAACCUAUUGAUGCAUGCCAAUCAUGAAUACAACCUUUUAUCCCUCUACCUAGUACUCUCAACUCUUGAUUGGGAUAAUAAGAAAACUCAACCAUUACCAUACCCAUGUACUCCUCCCUAUGAAAGUGAUAUUGUAUUCCCUUAUUUUGUUUAUUCACUUCAUUUAACAAGAUCUGAAAUUAUUCAUAGAUGGAAAGAAGGAGCAACAUUGGUAACUCAAAUUGAUAAUUUUACAAAGAAAAAGAGAAAGAAUUAUUUAAUGAUUUUAGAAAAUGAGGAUAGAGAAACCUUUUUAAAUCGUAAUAUUUUAUUGUUAAAUUAUGCACAAACCAACCUUGUUGCUGGUAGAAAGAUGCCAUCAAUUGAAGAUAGUUUGGCUGUCGUUGUUGACAGAUUUUUAGAAAACUAUGAAGCUCUUCCAUCUUUUAAAUAUGGUUCAUUUUUAUGGCGCGAAAUUGAAAAUGCCGAUAAAACUGGUCUACUUCAAGAUGUUGAAAAACCUCUAUUAAAGAAUUUUACUCAUGCCUAUCUUUUAUAUCAAAAAUUACAUUUAGAAAAUAAGAAUAAUACUAAAUUUAAAAUGGAUCCAAUUAUUAAUCAAAAAUAUGAAAAUGCAAGUCAUCAAUUUUCUUUAAUCCUUCACCAAUUGCCAUCAAUCUCUACCUUUUCGGGUCAUAUUCAAAGAACCAUUGUAAAAAUAUUCCAUCUAUGGCAUCGUGAUCUACCACUAUGCGAAUUAACUUCGACAUUUGAAGUAUCCUAUUACAGAAACUACAAGGUAUUUGCCAGAAUUCUAUCUAAAUUGGAUGAAAAUGCAUUCCCACAACUCUUCAAUGCCAUCAGAGAUAUUAGAGAUACAUUGUAUCAUGUCAUUGAAAAACAUAUUGGCGAAUUUGAUCUCAAAAAUGUUGAUACUACUCCAAUAGAACCAAUCAUCAAUUCUCACAUAUCUCCUCCACUUUAUUUGAAAUAA